CAACAAAGUGAGGAGCAAGACAGACAGACACACCGUAGCCCACACCAAUAUAAACCUCAUACCACCCCCGCCCCCCUCCUCUUUUGACAAUGGAAGAGUUCAACGAUUUGAAGAGCGAAGCACGAGCAAAGCACCAUCCGGAAGACGACUCUGAAAGCCCUUCAGAACCCGAUAGCGAUAGCGAGACCGUACGCCUGAACAGAGCAGAGAAAGAAGAGAAGGGGCAAUCAGUUGGUGGCAGUAUUCCGGGAACUGGUGAUCGAGAUAUGAUGUUCAAGCAUUCUUCACACUUAUCUGGGAGUUUCCAGACUGGCGUUAAAGGUGUCCUCUCGGACGCAAUAUCCUUCGAAUCUGCCCUGCGUAAGGAAAAGCUACAAAAGUCCACAAACACAAUUCACAUCGGGUACUCCCAAUCGUCCCGACCACGAGGGACCUCCUCUCCGCCGAGAGUUAAGGACCUCAACAGCGAUGUCGAGAGCGGCGAGGAAGACUUCGUGAGGACAUGGCGCAAGAACCGGAUGCAGGAGCUUAAAACCGGCCAGUCGAAUACUCGCCGGCACUCACCUAGCAAACGUAAGUACGGCCGUGUGGAGGUCGUCGAUGCGGUGGGAUACUUGGACGCUGUGGAGAGGGUGUCAUCGGAGACAAUUGUUGUGGUUACUAUUUACAAUGAUAAGUCGGAGGAAUCCCGUUUCGUGGAAGACUGCUUGAACACACUGGCUCGCCGGUACACCACUACGAGAUUUGUGAAAUUGCACCAUAACGAGGCGGAAAUGGACGUGGCUGCCGUGCCCGCUGUAUUGGCGUACAAGGGUGGGGAAUUGUUUGCCAAUAUUAUGAGGAUUGUUGACGAGAUUCCUUCCGGGAGGAGUCUCAGUACUGAUAGUUUGGAGCUGGUUCUCCGAAGAGCGAAUGUUUUGCACAAGGAUUAGAGUGUCGCAGAGACACUAACAAAGGCUAUUUUUACUGUUUUUUCUAUUAUUAUUAUUAUUCAUUUUACUCUCUCGUUCGACUUGGUGGCUGUUUUACGACGUUUACCACUGGAGAAUAAGCUCCCAUAACAGAUCUCUACCCGAAAUUCUCUUUCGCUCAAUCGACCAACUUUUCAUUCCUCGCAUCUCCCUCCUUUCCCUUAUCCUUGUCAUCUCGCUAUCUCAAUAACGGCCCUUGAAUGCAUAGCAAGGCUUGACGUAACUAACUACGGUACCUUCCUGGGCGUUUUUUUUUUUCCUUUUCUUUACAGUAUCUAUAAAUCCGGUACAAGUUAUUUUUCUGGUCUAAAGGGGUUGCUUGUUUGCUCAUUCUAUCUUGUCUUUCCUUCCUUUUUUGUUUGGGUCGCCAUAUCAUGAUACCGUACUUGAACCACGUUUCUUACUUAAUGCACGUGAUAUACGAGUACCUCUGUCCUUCCCCUCUCCUUAUUUUGUAUGAGUACCAUAUUUGGGACUUGCAGCGAUUUAAUACGUGCCGCACAGUGACGUUAAGUUGCGUUACUCGAGUACAUGCAGCCUUGUCCUCUCUUUGCUUGAUGAACGGGGUAGUUGCCGCGGUCGGCGUAGUCGAGACUGGUGCAGGGUACUUGUACUCGAGUACAGUACGAGUAACUUACUUGUAGCACUGGUUUACCUUAACCGCUCGGAUUUGAUAUUAUAUUUUCUUUUUCUGCUUUCUUUUUCAUUUCUCAUUUCUUUUCUUCCCUAUGAGAUAGAGUGUAACUAUACGGUACUCGGACUUACUUGUAUAGGUAUUUGCAUCGUUAUACUCUGAAACAUUAUAGACUUUUUUUUACAUGAUUUUCUUGUUUUGGUCGGGGGAAUUUUUUCUUUCUUUUCUGCUUUCCUCGAGUACGAUGGCUGGUUUAGAGUCAAGUUACCCUAUGAACUCGA